GCGCAUGAAAAAAAACUUUGUAUUAGUAGCAAUGCGGCUAUGGCGCGCGAAACGUGCGUUUUGAAUACAAGGAGAGCAUUAUGCAGUUCAAUUGGAAUCAAUGCAAUACUUUUCACUGUGCUUCUCGUUUUGCAAUGUGUCCAGUACGAUAUUAAAAAGGAUGAUGACAAUUCGAUGCAAUCUGUAACAGAACAAUUUAGUGCAACUGAUCAGUCGAAAAAUUAUUACUCUGACCUAUCGGUGUCAAACGAUACUAUUUGUGUAGAUUGCGGAUAUUUAGGGAAAAACAUUUCAGCUGAAGAGACCCUUUACAAUCGAAUAUCGAUUUCAAAAAAUGGGUCACAGAUGUGCUGUUUGGAAGAUAAAAGCCUGGCAAGUCUCGUACGAAAGGUUUUGAAAAUAGGUGAUGGUGAAAAACCAAUCGACAAAGAUUAUUUUUCUUGGUGGAGACAAAGGCCAAAUUCAGCACACUUGUAUCUGAAAGAUUGGUACCGGACCCAGUUGCACUGGACGGCUACCGAAGAAACUGGAUCCGCCUUUUCAAAAUUAUCAAUCGUAGAUCAGAACAAACUUGUCAUUAAAAAAACUGCAAACUAUUUUGUUUAUGCCGCCGUCGUCUUUGAUUUUAGAACCGUCAUUAAAGUUCCACAGGUCUACUACAACAUCACUAGCUUCCUACCCGUACUUCCUCAUUUACAGCCCUUUGUUUUGAUGGGUAAGUAUGGUGGGUCUCCAUUCUCAGAAAAGCGACAUACGGGAUAUCUGUGUGGAAUAUCGAAGUUCUACAAGGGACAUCAGAUCUCAGUAUCUGUCAAUGACCAUAGUUUUAUAGAUAACACCCCUUACGCGAAUUUCUUCGGAAUAUUUAGGCUGUGAGAAGUUUAGAAACUAAACGGAAAUCUAAAUUGUUAGAUGUUAUAUAAGCUACUUAUAUUAUAUAGAAAAAGAUAUUAUAUCCAUUUAGAGAAAUUGGUUACAGUGUUUUGUAAUUUUAUUAAUAUUGAAAAUUUGUGUUAUGAUAAUAAAAAAAAAACAACAAUAUGCAUACAAAACAUAUUUCACAUGCACUACUAUCACAUAUUUUUUUGUACACUGGGACAUUGUUAUAGGCGCUGAUUUCAGAAUAAUUGUGAAACGAUUUUGUGCAAAAUAUGUAGAAAUUUUACAUAAGAAAAUUCACAUUACAUUAA